GCUCCCCCCCCGCUCGCUCUGCAAGAUGGCGGCAGCAGCCGAGCGCGGCGCGGAGCUGCCCGCGGAGCCGCCGCGGGGGGUUCGGCCGCCGCUGGGCCCCGAGGAGGUGGCGAAGCGCUUGGAGAGCACCCGGCGGGAGCUGAGCAACAGGCGCAAGAUCCUGCUGAGGAACCUGCCGGCCGAGAGCAGCAGCCAGGAAAUCCAUGACUUAUUUAAAGAUUAUGAAAUCAAGUAUUGUUACGUGGACAGAAAUAAAAGAACAGCAUUCGUCACUCUGCUGAAUGGAGAGCAGGCACAAAGCGCCAUUCGGAAGUAUCACCAGUAUUCUCUUCGGGGAAAAGAGAUCUCAGUGCAGCUCCAGCCAACAGAUGCUUUGCUGUGCAUUACCAAUUUACCCAUUUCAUUUACAUUGGAAGAGUUUGAAGAACUUGUGCGUGCUUAUGGCAAUGUCGAGAGGUGUUUCUUGGUCUACAACGAAGUUACUGGCCAUUCCAAGGGCUACGGCUUUGUGGAAUACAUGAAGAAGGACUCCGCUGCCAAGGCCAGGCUGGAACUUCUGGGGAAACAGUUGGAGGAGAGCACUCUCUUUGCACAGUGGAUGGAUGUGAACCAGCUCACCACAAAUCUUAUUCACUCUAAGUGCCUUUGUGUAGAGAAAUUUCAGAAAGACUGUGCUGACUCAAAAGAACUGAUCCAAGCUUUCUCCCUAAAGUAUAAACCUGUGUUCUGCCAGUUUGCUCAGGAUGAAGACAGUAACAUCGGUGACUUUGCGGUGGUGGAGUAUGAAACUGCAGAGCAGGCAGAGAAGGUACAAGAACUCACCGAUGGAAUGACUAUCAAAGGAAAGAGAGUGCAGGUGUCCUACUGUGCUCCAGGAGCCCCAGGCAGAAGCACGUUGGCAGCACUUAUAGCAGCACAAAGGAUGAUGAGGAACAACAGGAAGGGCUUGCUUCCAGAGCCAAAUCCAGUGCAGAUUAUGAAAAGUUUUAAUAACCCAGCGAUGUUGCAAAUGCUGCUGCAGCCCCAGUUGCGUGGACAUGCUGUUAAACCUGCAGUUCUUGGAGCAUCUGCAGGUUUACCUCACCUUAUAAAUUCAGCAGUUGGGCCACCUUUUUUGCAGCUGAAUAAAGUUCCUCAGAGUUCACUUCUGGGGAGUGCAUCUAACUUACUGCUGCAGAGCCCUGCUCACCUACCACUGCCGCAGCAGCAGCUGAUGAAGAUAGAAAACAUUCAGGCUAAUAGUAAACCGGGUUUGUUGGGAGAACCUCCAACAAUGCUCCUGCAGACAGUACUGGGAAUAGGGGUAAUGCCAUCAGUGAGUUCAGGCCUGGGAACCCGUGGAGAAGCUCUGAAGUCAGCAGCAGCAGCAGCAGGGGUGGGCAUGCUGCCAUUCUUCCCGAAUCAGCACAUUGUUGGACAAGCUAUGCCAGGGCAAAAUAAUGCUCCAGAUAAACCAGCGCCUACCGAAGCAGUUGUCUCGGGAUCACAGCCCUAUCACCAUACCUUAACAAAUCUUUCUGCGGGAGCUUUGAGGGGUGGACAUGCCAAACAACAAAAUCAACUAAAAAGUACUGAUGCGAAUUUGGGGACUCCCUUGAAAAAACAGACUUCCCUACUAGGAGACCCACCAAAAGAAAUCCGUCUUAGUACCAACCCCUACUUGAACUUGGCAAGUGUGUUGCCUGGUAUAUGUCUUCCAGCAAUUGCCAGCAAAGCCUCUAGUCCACCACAGCAGACUGGGCUUUCAAACAACAUCGUGGAUGCUGCUGUGUCUCAGGGAACUACAUCACAACAUGCAAUGGAAAACUAUUUGAAUUACUCUCAGCAGCACGGGGAAUACACACAGGCGGCUCCAACGAGAAGUGAGAAGCGAGGCUCCUCGUACCUGCUGUCCCCCCCAGAGCCCGGCCCCGUGGAGUACCUUGCGCAGCAGACUCAGGGCUCCGCAGUGCGUUACGCUGAAUCCUCGCUGAAGAAGAAGCGUGUCUAUUGACACCGACAUCACCACUCCUGCCCCAGGGUGUGAGGGCAGGCUCUUGUACCUCUGCUAUUUAUUGCUGCCUUAACUUCAGACAAGUAAUUCUUCUUUCUGUGUGGGUUAGAAGUAUCCCAAGAGGAACACCCUCUGUAAUGGGCACGUCUGCCGAGGAAGCGGUACGUAUGGCGACAAGGUGAGCCGGGCCUCGGGAGUCGGACUUGCCUUCUGAAGGGAGGGAAUGGAGUCUCCUUUGUCAUCUGCCACUGACAGUCACAGUGGGCUGAGGCUGACAACACUGAGUAACUCAGUGAGUGUGGGGAGCUUCCCAGCUGAAAGCAAUACAAGUCCUGAGGAGGGAUUGCUGAGCCUUCCUCUUCUCCUCAGACCGAGGGAGUUAAAAGAUGAAGUCUUGAUAGUAAUUUUUUUCUUAUUUUUUUAACUCAGAAUGUGGGGGUUUUUUCAGUCUUACUUUUUUCCAGGAUUAAGAGUUCUGCAUUUACAGCCUUUAAAUUUUUACUAUAUUUCCUCUUAAUCCUGGAAUGGAGAUGAUACCAAAUGUAUUACCAGAGCCUCUGUGAUGUUUUCAAUAAAUGUUUGUUAAAAGUAAGAUGCUACACUGUGUGCUGCCUUGCAAUAGGAAAUUCAAUGGGGCUAGGUGAUACUUGGGCGAUGCAGUAACCUUUAUCUGCUUUUAGGCCAAGAAUCCACAGCUUUUCCUUGGAUAAGUCAUUUGCAGUUUGUGAAUGCAGCUGUGUAAAGCGGUGCAUGUGGUUGAAGCACCGGAAUCCUUCAGUGGGUAAGGCAGGUAACGGAGAGGGGACAAAAAUCAACUGCCUGUUGUCCUUCUGGCUUCUUCUGGAUUUGGAUGAUUCAGCUGGAGCAGAAACACCACCCCCCUACCCCUCAGAUGAUGGUUUAAUCCUGCCUUCCUGCUCCUCACUGUAUUUAUUCAUUUUUUCCAAGCAUCUUACCUUUUGAAACUUGCUGUGCUCCAAAGCCUCCUAACACAGAGGAGCCUGGCUCUGGGUUUCACUCCUUACAUACUACCUUUUGCAUGUAGUAGUUCUCACUAGAGGAAACAAUAUUUACUCACUCACCUGUCCCAGGGUGCAGUAGAGACUUGCACCCAUACACUGUGAAGCACAGCACCCUCAGUGUCCGGGCUGCAUCUGCCCAUCCCCCCAGCGUGAGUGUAUUUAUCUUUUUAUAUUUAAAAACUGUAUUUUUAGCUUAUUCAUUAAGCAACUUAGACCAGAGUCUCUCUUUCCUGCUGUUCAUCCUUGUAGCUGAAGACUUAGAAAUCAUUACUUUUGCAAGCAAUGUUUUUGACAGAUCAGUUAUGAGCCAGCGCUCUGUGACAGCCCUGGGAAUCCUGCUGCAGCUCCGUUUGGACUGAAGUCUGAGCACUGAGACCACAGCCCGGGUCCUUCUUAAUCUUGCUGUAGGUAAUACUGAAGCCAUAUUUAAUAGUGAUACUCAAAAAGCAACAACAACAAAAGUCUUCACUUCUGCCUUUUAAGCUUUGUGAUGUGAUCAGGUUGCAUAUUAAAUUCAACAUAGUUUCUACCUGGGUCAAGGCCAGGUUGGACGGGGCUUGGAGCAACCUGCUCUAGGGGAAGGUGUCCCUGCCCAUGGCAGGGGGUUGGAACUGGAUGAGCUUUAAGGUCCCUUCCCACCCAAAAAACUCUCAGCAGCUGUGCUGGUCGCCCAGCAGUGCAGGUUCCAGGGGUGUUCCUGCGGUUCUCCGGUGUGUGUUGAUCAAUGCACUUGUACUAUUUUGUUCCAACUGUUUGUAUAUGCAACUUUUUCAACUUAUUAUGCUUCUCAAUGGAAAUAAAUUGUUGGUACACA